AUGUCACAAAGAAUUGUUACUGCGGAUUGGUAUGCCACCAUUUGUUUGCCAAAAGUCAUCACCGGGCUUCGAAAAAUCAACCCCGAAAGAAGAAUCAUCCUCCACCAAGACAAUGCAAGCUCGCACACAGCCCAAAAAACAAGGCAGUAUUUAACGGAAGGAAACGUGGAAUUAUUAGACCAUCCUCCAUAUAGUCCCGAUCUAAGUCCUAACGAUUUCCUUACUUUCCCGAAAAUUAAAAACAGACUGCGUGGUCAAAGGUUCCAGUCACCAGAAGAAGCAGUUGACGCAUUCAAAAAUGCCGAUUUGGAUCUGCCAGCAAACGAGUGGAAUAAGUGCUUCGAAAAUUGGUUCGAGCGCAUGCAGAUGUGUGUUAAUCUUCGUGGAGAAUACUUCGAAAAACAAUAAAGUCAUUUAAAACUACCUACCGUGUUGUUUUAUUUCCAUGUGCAAAACUUAAAAGACAUCCCUCG